UCCGAAGCCAGAGCCGCACGCGGUGUCUGGUGCUUAAAACCCGGGCUGGGCGGGCCAGACGGUGCGGGGAGGGAGACGUUCUUUGGCCUGCCGUACGGAAGCCUGCGAGGGAGGGUGGUAUCCACUCCCCAAGUCCAGUGUCCCGAUGCCCAGCGCCAACGCCAGCCGCAAGGGUCAGGAGAAGCCGCGGGAGAUCGUGGACGCGGCGGAAGAUUAUGCUAAAGAAAGAUAUGGGGUAUCCUCUAUGAUACAAUCACAAGAAAAACCAGAUAGAGUUUUGGUUCGAGUUAAAGACUUGACAGUACAAAAGGCUGAUGAUGUUGUUUGGGUCCGUGCAAGAGUUCAUACAAGCAGAGCAAAAGGGAAGCAGUGCUUCUUAGUCCUGAGGCAGCAGCAGUUUAAUGUCCAGGCUCUUGUGGCUGUGGGAGACCAUGCGAGCAAGCAGAUGGUUAAAUUUGCUGCCAACAUUAACAAAGAAAGUAUUGUUGACGUGGAAGGCGUUGUGAGAAAAGUAAAUCAGAAAAUUGGAAGCUGUACACAGCAAGAUGUUGAGUUACAUGUCCAGAAGAUUUAUGUGAUCAGUUUAGCUGAACCUCGCCUUCCCUUGCAACUGGAUGACGCCAUCCGGCCUGAAGUGGAAGGUGAAGAGGAAGGAAGAGCUACUGUUAACCAGGAUACAAGAUUAGACAACAGAGUCAUUGAUCUUCGGACAUCAACUAGUCAAGCCAUCUUCCGUCUCCAGUCCGGCAUCUGCCAUCUCUUCCGAGAAACUUUAAUUAACAAAGGUUUUGUGGAAAUCCAAACUCCUAAAAUUAUUUCAGCUGCCAGUGAAGGAGGAGCCAAUGUUUUUACUGUGUCCUACUUUAAAAAUAAUGCCUACCUCGCUCAGUCCCCACAGCUAUAUAAGCAGAUGUGCAUAUGUGCUGAUUUUGAGAAGGUUUUCUGCAUUGGACCAGUUUUCAGAGCUGAAGACUCCAAUACCCAUAGACAUCUGACUGAAUUUGUUGGUUUGGAUAUUGAAAUGGCUUUUAAUUAUCAUUACCAUGAAGUUGUAGAAGAAAUUGCUGACACCUUGGUGCAAAUAUUCAAAGGACUUCAAGAAAGGUUUCAGACUGAAAUUCAAACUGUGAAUAAGCAGUUCCCAUGUGAGCCAUUCAAAUUUUUGGAGCCAACUUUAAGACUGGAGUAUUGUGAAGCUUUGGCUAUGCUUAGAGAAGCAGGAGUUGACAUGGGCGAUGAGGAAGAUCUAAGUACACCAAAUGAAAAGCUGUUGGGUCGUUUGGUGAAGGAAAAGUAUGAUACAGACUUUUAUGUUCUUGAUAAAUAUCCAUUGGCUGUAAGACCUUUCUACACCAUGCCUGACCCAAGAAAUCCUAAACACUCCAACUCUUAUGAUAUGUUCAUGAGAGGAGAAGAAAUAUUGUCUGGAGCACAAAGGAUACAUGAUCCUCAGUUGCUAACAGAAAGAGCUUUGCACCAUGGAAUUGAUUUGGAGAAAAUCAAAGCUUACAUUGAUUCCUUCCGCUUUGGAGCCCCUCCUCAUGCUGGUGGAGGCAUUGGAUUGGAAAGGGUGACGAUGCUGUUUUUAGGAUUGCAUAAUGUACGUCAGACAUCAAUGUUCCCUCGUGACCCCAAACGACUCACGCCUUAAAGCCACACUGUUUAUUCUCUCCAAUAAUCUGCUAUUGGUCAGACUAUACCUGAGAAACUUAAGUUAUGCAGUAGAAUAACUGUCUUACUAAAGUGCCACGAUUAUUUUUUAAGUAGUUCAGUACAAAUUAAUUUAAGAAAAAGCAUUUUAAACUUCAGAUAUGUUUCAAUAGGAAAUGCUUGAACUUUUUUUUGUUUAUUUUUUUCGAGACAGGGUUUCUCUGUAUUGUUUUGGAGGCUAUCCUGGAAUUGGCUCUGUAGACCAGGAUGGCCUCAAACUCACAGAGAUCCACCUGCCUCUGCCUCCCGAGUGCUAGGGUUAAAGGCGUGCGCCACCAAUGCCCGGCUGCUUGAACAUUUUAAAUGAGAAAUUUCUAUCGUUAAAAUUCAGUCUAUCACUACAGAAAUAUUAGGGGAAUUUUAAGCAGUUUAAGAAUGCAUAAAUUUUUUCUAUAUUAUGGUGGCCAUAGUACUAAUAUCAUAAAUUUUCAGUAUUUGAACUUUUAACUCUUGACAUUAAGAAAGAAUUGGAGAAAUAACCAAGAUUUAACAUAUACAAAAUUGGUAUGUCAUGGGAAAAUAGAGUAUGAGUUCUUAAAUGUUACCUGCAGAAAUCACGUGAAGCAGAUGAGAAAACUGGCUAGAAACAGUAACACCAAACAAAACAUUGUUCAAUUCUGAGGUUGAAAUUCAAUAAAAACUUAAAGCUAA